AUGUUCCGGGGCGCUAGCCGCUGUGCGCAGCAGCGGCUGCUGCUGCUGCCGCAGCGGGAGUUGCUGCUGCAGCGGCAGCAGCAGCAGCAGCAGCGCAUGCAAGCCGCAUUUUCUUCCUCAUAUGAUAUCUUCAAGAAACUGCAGGACCCGCCAGGCAGCGGAGAGUCCACAGAGCUUGCGCGGAAGCCGUCAGAGAAGGUGCUGCGCCUUGUUGAUGAGGUGAUGAACUUGACGCUAAUUGAAGCAGCAGAUCUCUGCGACCUCUGCCAGGAGAAGUUGGCGCAGCGAGGAGGCGGCCCCGCGUUUAAUGCUGCUGUUGCUGCUGGGCGUUCUCCUUUCCCCCACCCCUCCAGUCUUUUUGCUGGCCAACUUGCUGCUGGGGGUUUUGGGUAA